AUCACUGUUGAUGGCAACACAGGUAUAUUUUUAAUUUAUUGUUUAUGGUUACUUCCGUAUCCUAUACUGUUACAAUAUAACUGCUGUACGGUGCUCUUGUGUUGUGAUAAAUAAAAUACUGUCUCACUGUGAAACUUUGGUUUUAAUGAAGAAGACCAGCCAGCCAAACCUACAGUCCACGCAACACACAUUGGUCCAUAACGAUCCGACGGAGUUUCCUGUGCAAAAGGACAGCGAGAUAAAAUUGCACACGGGAGCCGCAAUGCGUGCAUGCAGCAAGAACUAAAAAGGCGGGAGGAUCAGUAUACUUGCGAAAUCAAGCUAUCAAGUAUCUGCGAAAUCAUCCGAACGUCAUACAGUGAUAUAUUUUCGACAACUUCAAGAUAGAAGUUGUUGCAAUAAAUAAGAAAUAACAUCAAAAUCUAGAACAUUUAACCAAGAACAAUUCCCGCCAUUCCAAUUCAUAUCGCGGCAAGAGAGAAAGGGAAAGAAGAUAGCAUCGUGCCAGUCAUCCCACUCGAGCGGGGAAGACCGAAGACGGAAUCAACAACGAGACGUGGGAAGCGACCAUCGUCCAAUCACGUCGCGUCAAAGAACUCCGAGUCUGCAGCGGACGAGUCUCAUUGGUUCAUACCAUACGUCAAGUAAGAAUAGUUAGGUUGGCAGGCCUGCGCUGCGUUUGCGAAACUUGCGCCCUCUAGCGGAACGGCGUAUGCGACGUCAACAAAUUCGCCAUCUUAUUUUAUUUGGCGUGGUGGUUGCAACAAUUUGUAAUUUGCUUUCAAUUUUCGAUUUCUAGUGCAAAGUUUAGCUGUAAAUAACUGUAAUUGUAAAUAGCUUACAUUAGAGUCGCAACAAAUACGAUAAAUUGUGUAAUUUUAACUGUGUAUCAUAAUGGAGGAACAACUAAAAGCUCUAAAGGCCCAGAGAGGCUAUGCAAAAGUAGUGAACCAGACUAUGAGCGCUCUCACCAAUCUACAGGUGAAUGUCGAUGACAAAGACCCGUUUUUACUGGGUAUUCUGCAGUGUAAGUUAGACACAUACAGCUGGAGGUCAUAUCAGCUGGAGAGAAACCUGGAGAAUGACCCAACAGUUCAAGAUUUCCUCUCCUAUCUGGAGAGGCGAGCUCUUGCUUUGGAGAACACCGAUCACAGCGAGACAGCCACAUCUGGGAAACGGCAGCCGGCAAGCUUAACAAAGAGUAAGGUUACUCUGGCAACAACAACCAAUUCUACAAUGGAGUGCUUAUACUGUGUUGCUGCAGCUUGAGGAGGCCCAACGCUCGCCUUCAACCAACCAUCAGCUACCAUCUUCAUCUCCAAGCAUCAUCAACACUAAGUUUGGCCAUGUCAUCGCCGGAGCAUUAACAGAUACCAUUAUAAAGGAUCAGGUUGUAUCUCUUUUUUGUGCUAAAUGUGAAUCAGAUGUAAGUGACAAUAUAAAAAAGCUUUGGGAAGUGGAGAGUGUUCCGGAGUUACUAAAAGAGCGGGAUUCAGAGCAAGAGUUGGCAGAAAAAUUAUUUGUAAGCUCAGUAAAGCUUGAAAAUAACAAGUUUACUGUUGACUUACCUUUGAAAAUAGAAACCGGCAACAUUAAUGA